UCCGUGUUGAUCUAUGUAUUGGCGAUUCCAAAAUUGUCGAGGACAAAGAUAAAUAUAUACAAGUGGAACUGGAAAUUAAAUUUAAAUUUCGAGCUAUGCUGAGUAUAUUCGUGAUGCUCGUGGUCUUGAGCUGAAAAAGUGAGUUAUUAUCGCUAGAAGUGCUUUUUUAAGCGAGAAAUGCCCACGAGGGAUGAGAUCCCCAGUUUAAUGCCCUUUGGAGAUACAGAGCACAGUUGGACCGAGGAUCUCCCGGUUUGCAAAGAAUCUGGCGUUGGUCUCUCUACAAACCAGAUAUACCGAGAAGAUGGGUACAGACAAGAGGAUCAUCCUUUCGAGGAUAGGAGUUUCCACUGUAAAUACGAUGAUAGCACGUUUUUGUAUGGAAUUUUCGACGGCCACGAGGGAACGAGGGCUGCUAAUUUCACACUUCAGAGAAUGGCAGCUGAGAUAUUGCUGGGACAGUUAAAUGGAAAAACUACUGAUGAGGAAGUCAAAGAAGUUCUCAGACAAGCUUUCAUAGCAGUCGAGCGUGGCUACUUCGACUCGAUAGGAGAAGUCCUUGCCGAACGCACUAGCCUCCAAUUUGAUAUACCAGAUGGUCUGAACUCUUACGAAGCAUAUCAAAAAUUUCCUGAAGUUGUUGACAAGUUGAAUGAACUGAAUGGCGAGCUCUCAGCAGGGACAAGUGCUGUUGUAGCUCUAGUGUACAGAAAUCGGCUUUACGUCGCCAAUGUUGGAGAUAGUCGAGCACUUUUAUGUAAAACUGAUAGUAAUCAAGUGUUAAGGGUCGUUCAGCUAUCCAUUGACCACGAUUCCAGGAACGAGGAUGAGCUGUUGCGAUUAUCGCAGUUGGGCCUUGACGUUAAAUCAAUCAGACAAGGUUCUCACUUGGGAAAUCAGGAGAACACUCGUUGUCUGGGCAAUUGGCUGGUGAAAGGUGGAUAUAGAGAGUUCGAUGAGCUAGCACCAGCCAUUGCAGAACCCAUAAUAGCUGAACCAGAAAUUCAUGGAGGAAUUGAACUCGAUGAGUCCUGUAGGUUUCUCCUGUUAAUGUCUCGAGGGCUCUACAAGUCAUUGGAAGAAGCUACUGCUACUGAUCAAGUCAAUAAAGAGUUGGCCCUCAUGGCUGUAGAGCAGUUUCGCAUUCAGUCAACUCUCACUGGUGUAUCGCAAGCAGUGGUUGAUAAAAUAGUGAGAAUUCAUCACGACGUAAACAUGAGCAAUCCCGAAAGCAAUCAAACGAGCGGUAAACGCGAGGACAUAACACUUCUAGUACGAAAUUUCAAUUUUCCACUGCCCCAUGCCCUCAAGAGUCCGACCAUUGGACAAGUGCGUUUCAAUCCGAUAGUGCAAACGACUGUUGCUAGUGUCCAGGAGAAUUACUCCAGUAUCAGUACAGUGGCGAGCACUGAUAAUUUCGAUCCUUCCAGCAAUGAGACUUCUAGUACAUCCGAGAUAUACCCACCUGAAGCAAAACCGACAGACAGAAAUGCAAGAAUAAAGCCUUACGUGGAUUUUACCGAGUACUUUGAGAAUGUAGAAAGGCGACGAGAAAAAGGAACAUUACCUGACGGCAUCAAUUUUUAAUUUUUUGUGAUCUUAGAACAAUGGAGUAAGUAAUUUAUUUUGUUUCAGUGAAAAUCAAUAUGUUAAGGCAUUUCUUAAUUUUGCAAUGUUCAGUGUAUUUUAAUCGUUAAUUUAAGUUAAUUUCGUGAAGAGAAAUGAGUACAGUGUAUUUUAAUUUUUUUGUGAUUGUACGUCAAUGAGAUGAAUAAUUUAUUUUGUCCGAGUAGUAAUAAAUAUGUUCGCCACUUC